CUACUACAGUCCCUACAUAAACCUCGCCCCCCCUCAAGCAUCGACAUUAUUCGGCCCGUCUUUGUCGAUUUCCUUCCAUACGCCCCCCGACACCUACUCCGCUCACUGUACUGUUGCAUCCGUUGCUCCAUUCCCGCGUGCAGACACAGAGACUCUCCCACCGUGCCUCGACCGUUUUUCCGCCCUCCGCAAGCGAUUCGUGGUUCUAGAACGACAGCUUCGAUGGCGUCGCUACUGUCUCGCUUCAGUGUCGUUCCCCAAUUCCCAGCUUAUAAGGGCCCAUACACGGUAGCCUCGUUCGAACUUGAAAUCCCAGUGUCGUCGUUGCCCGCAUCCCAGAGACCUCCGAACUACGCCGAGUCGAUAUCGACGGUGCAGUUCCGCGUAUUUUAUCCGACGGCGCAGAAGUUCAAGCCCCAGGCGCCCGAAAGUGCCCCGGCUGCCCGGGAAGCGGAAAAGCCGAAGGAUGUAACGAAUGGGGAUAAAGCAAAAGCAGGAUGGUCGCACGGGUGGUUUCACCGACAUUGCCACCAUGAACCCCAACCCUCGAAAUCCGUAUAUUGGCUGCCCGAACCCCAUCAGCGGGAAUAUCUCAGUGGCUAUGCGCGGUUCAUGGGUGCCGGCUCCGGGCUUGCCGAGCUGAUAUCAUAUAUUCCGCGGAUUCUCCACCAUAUCGCUCUCCCCGCCAUCUCUUUGGCUCCAUUGAUGCCGUCGAGUGCGGAAUUUAGAUUUCCGACCAUGAUAUUUUCUCACGGUCUGGGCGGAACCCGAUUGGCAUACUCACACCUCUGUGGUUCUCUGGCGUCUCACGGCAUGGUCGUGAUCGCGCCAGAGCAUCGCGACGGUAGUGCGCCAGUGACUUUCGUCAAGUCGGGAUUGCAACCCAGCAGUGAAACCGAGUUGACGGGCACGCAGCCGAAUACCGGGGAACCCGGGGUCAGCUCUGCUUCCGCGGCUAGUUCCGCCUCUCCAUCUCGGGCCCAGGUCGACUUCGUCAACUAUCCCCAUAAGAUCUCGGAGGAAACCGCAAAUGGACGGAAUAGGCAGCUCGAGAUCCGCCUCUGGGAGCUCUCCAUCGUCUAUGCUGCGAUCGCACAACUCGAUCUCGGAAAGAUACCGUGUGGAACGGCCAUGUUCGAUGCGGAUAAUGUAACCCGCGACUCUACCCUCGCCGCGUUCAAGGAUAAGCUAGAUAUCCGAAAGCCAGGCCGGCUGGUGUGGGCUGGCCACUCUUUCGGGUCAUCGACGAUGAUCCAGAUGAUGAAGUCCGUCUACUACAGCAACAAGAUCGACUUCGAAGACAAACCCCUCUUUGUACCCGACGCUUCAGUUCCCCACAACGAACCCAGCGCCUUACCGCUCAGCGAGCAGAUCACGGGCUCAUCGCCGCUCAUGCUGCUAGACAUCUGGUGUCUCCCUCUCCUCAGCAAACGCACGAGAUCCCUGUGGAAGCAGCCGCUGCCGCAGAUCGGCUCCGGCAACCCUGGCAAGGUUCUCGUAGUGAUGUCGGAGGAGUUCUUCAUCUGGCGCGAGAAUCUGCGCGGCGUACGCCGCAUCCUCUCACUCGAUCCUGGACGCCGCCGCGAAGGCAAGGAACACGAAGUGUUCGAACAGUUCUCGUCGCGGGUAGCCACCGAAAACGCAAAGCACGGAGAGACGGGAUUCUAUCCGGACAACGACCCUGCCACUCCCGCUGCCACCGAAACGUUGACUGUUGCUCCCACCAGCUCGAAGGAAAAGAGCGUGCGACUGUGCUACGUCAAGGAAUCGGCGCACCUGAGUCAGAGCGACUUCGGAAUACUGUUUCCAAGAGCAAUCAAGAAGGCGGUUGAGCCGGCCGCCAUCCUGGAUCUCAAUGUCCGCGCGGCGUGUCAGUGGCUGCGCGAGAACGGGUUCGAGGGACAGAUUGCGGGGUACACCGCUGCUGAUGCUGCGGAUGUGGAUGGGACCGCGGAGAAGCUCGAGGAGAUGCAGAGCAGUGCUCAAGGUGCUGGAGACCGGGAGAUUGUUGGUGGCGAUUUUGGUCGCUGGGCUGCUAUUCCCCUCGAGGAUGAUUGAUGCGUAAGUAUGUACGUGUGUGGGGCGUGUAGAUUAUGGUAUGUAUCGAUGGGAUCAGACAUUGCAUUGCGGCGGAGUUUGUUGGGGCAUAUAUUGGAAGUUUGUUUUCAGGUUUUGGAUGUGUUAAUACUUGAGAUUUCUUUUUGGUGGUUUGG